GAUCUAGCUGGUUGCGCUCGUUUUCCCCACGUGCAAUGGAACAUGGAAGCAACGAAGUGUCCGUGUGCCUUCGAUAAUAAUGGCCGAUUUUUAGCUCUUUUAACCCCCGAUGGUCGCUUAAAAGUCUGGGAUUGUACUAAUGGAUCGUUAAAGAAUCAAUAUACACCUAGUUCGCAUUUAUCCACGACUUGUGCGUGUUUAAAAUGGUGCAAUUCUUCGCGCAAUGUGGAACAAACACCCAGGCGGAAGAAACAGAAGACAGCACACCACUCAACAUCAGUAUCAACAAGUGAUAUCAUCGCUCUUGGCACAACAUCAGGAGAUAUUUUAUUAUACAGUUUAUCAGCCGGAGAAGUUCAUAAAAAAUUGGAGGGGGGUCAUUCAAGUAAAGUUAAUGAUGUUGAGUGGAGUAGGAAUGGAGAAUUGUAUUCCUGCUCCAGUGAUAAAUAUAUCGUAGAGUGGUGCACAGAGAAAGCUGAGCACAAAAGCAAAUGGAAAGCUGACAAACAUGGUGUGAGCUCACUUAGAGUUAGCCCACUAGGAAACCAUUUGUUAUCAGCUGGACGGACAAUUAAACUCUGGGAUCUUGACACAAAAGAACUUUUAAAGAAAUUCACUGGACAUUCAUCAAUAAUAACAGAUCUCUUAUUCCUACCAAACCCAACUUCAUCCGACUCCAAUGGCAAUCAUGUUUCUGACAGCACUAUCAAUGGGUGGUACUUCCUCUCCAGUGCAGAGCAUGACAGACUCCUAAACAUAUGGUAUAUAGAGCUAGAAACAAAAGCCAAAAACUCGCUAAUAUCACUAUCACUUACGGAUGAGCCUAUCUCCAUAGAUGUGACCAGACAUGAUACAAGACCAAAGCCUGUUCACAUUUCUGUUGUUACCAAAGAUGGAAGGCUACACUUGUUUGAAAAAUCUUUGAAUGGAGGUGGGAAAAAGCCUCUUUUGCCAUCCCGUACCAUUCAGCUUAAAUCUGCAGACGACAAGGCCAAAUCUCCUAUCUCAUUCAUCUGUGCCAAGCUCACCCAAGAUGAUGAUCCAUCAGUCAUUGUUGCAUAUGGUUCUUCUGUGAAACCACACUUUGAAACCAUGACCUAUUCAUCUAUGGAACAGCAUACUGUCCUUGAGAGGUCAUGUGGGACAACUCUCCAAAUACAGACUGAGACCCAGCCAACGGGACCACUGGACAAAAGUGCCAAAAGCUUGGCAGGUGCUACCACUCUUGGUCCAACCAGUAUGACAUUAGCGCGACCUGCUGUUGCAGCUCAGGCUGGUGGUAAUGGUCUUAAAAAUGACCAACUUGAAAAGAGCCUGGAGGAGAAAUUGCAAGUCAUGAAUAAGCGAAUGGCCAAGAAAAAGAAAAUCAGUUUAAAGGCAUUGCCAACAACUUCAUCGGUAGUCCAGAUGUUGACACAAGCACUCCAUAGCCAAGACAAGCAUCUUCUUGAGGAUGUGCUGAUGUCCAGUACAAAGAGCAGUCUGGUUCAGUCCACUGUCCAGCGCUUACCAGUCACCUUGGUGGUGCCAUUCAUCUCAGAGCUUGUCUUUAGAAUUCAGGUAUCGCCUAACAGAGGUAGUGAUUUAUCAGUUUGGCUCAAACAUCUGUUAUCUGUGCACAUGUCAUAUCUUAUGACGAUUCCUAACCUUGUGGAGUCCUUGAGCAGUCUCUAUGCAAUGAUGGAGACUAGAGUAGGUGUCUAUGGCAAGCUGUGCAAGUUGCAAGGCAGACUGGACCUGUUGCUUUCACAGGUUGCAGCCCAGCAGGAGAGUGACCAUGACUUGAGGCAGCCAGCAACUUUCUAUCAAGAAGAAGACUCGGAAUCAGAAGAUGAUGUCCAUCUUGAUGGCCACGUAGCAGGCGAUGACAGCUCGAAGGAGGAGAAAUGGGAUGAGGGAUCAGAUGAUGAUGAUGAUGACAGCAGUGUCUCAGCAGAUGAUGACAGUGAUGAGGAUAUUGAUGUGCAUGCAGGCGAUAGUGACAAUUCUGACUGAAUGUUGUUGACUUGUAAACAGAAUGUAAUUAUAUUUGAAUAAAGAGCUAGGCAAAAUA